GAUGUAACUAAUUGCCUUGUGAAUUGCAUCAGGUACACCUGAAUUCAUGGCACCAGAACUUUAUGAAGAGGAAUAUGAUGAGCUGGUAGAUAUAUACUCUUUUGGCAUGUGUGUACUAGAAAUGCUUACUUCUGAAUAUCCAUACUGCGAGUGCUCUAAUCCUGCUCAAAUCUACAAGAAAGUCACCUCGGGAAAGUUACCGGCAGCAUUCUACCGAAUUACUGAUGUCGAAGCUCAGAGAUUUAUUGGAAGAUGCUUACAGAAUGCUACUGAGCGGCCAAAUGCACAUGACCUAUUAAUGGAUCCAUUUCUUGCUCGUAAAGAAGUCGAGCAAUUGCCUAUCAUGACCAUUCCAAGUGACAUGACAAUUACGGGGACCAUUAAUUCAGAAGACGACGCCAUCUUUCUCAAAGUACAAAUCUCGGAUAAGGAUGGUAAUGCUAGAAACAUAUACUUCCCGUUCGAUAUUUCAAGCGAUACUGCAUUGGACGUUGCUUCAGAAAUGGUUAAAGAAUUAGAAAUAACUGAUUGGAAGCCAUAUCAGAUUGCUGAUAUGAUAGAUGAAGAAAUUUCUGGUUUGGUCCCAGCUUGGAAGGAUCUGAACUCUAUUAAUCAAAACCAUGAGCAGCAUAGUUACAACUUCUACGAAGAUGAUGACGAUAGUACCCACCAUCCUUUCUACUCUGUCUCCUCCCUUUCUUCCUCUCCAGCUUCCCUGUCCGAUCCUUUUUCUCCAAAAGGAGAUGAAUUCCAUCACUGGAAUACUUUAGGCCAUGAUUGGGAUCAAGGUAUGGUGAUUUAUAAAUAACAUUGUCUGCUCUUUUGG